AUGCCUCCUCAGAUCAAGGACGCACAGAAGGUGGACGAUUCGUCGUUCCCGUACAUCUUCGAAGAGAAUGUUGUGAUACCUUUGAAAACAAGUUCAAAAGGUAUCAUCCGCUGCAACGUCUAUCGUCCGAAAAGCAGCGACGAGAGAUUCCCUGUUCUUGUCACUUACGGUCCAUAUGGCAAAGACAUUCACUACAAAGACUUCCACGCCAAGUCCUUCUCUGAGGUGAACCCCGACCAUCACUCAGCACAUUCGGCAUGGGAAACGCCCGAUCCUGGAUUCUGGACCAAACAUGGUUACGCAAUCGUGCGAGCUGAUGAGCGCGGGCUUGGCCAGUCACCUGGUUUCCUCGAUACAAUGUCGCGCGGCACAAGCGAAGCCUUCUUCGACGUGGUCGAAUGGGCUGCCGAACAGUUAUGGUCAUCUGGGAAAGUGGGCCUCCUUGGUAUUAGCUAUUACGCAGGAUCGCAAUGGCGUGUUGCUGCGCGCCAGCCAAAGGGACUGUCGGCGAUCAUACCCUGGGAAGGCAUGAGCGACUACUAUCGCGACCGUUGCCGUCACGGUGGCAUUCUCUCAAACAAAUUUAUCAACUUUUGGUGGAACCGCCAGGUAGUAUCUAAUCAGUACGGACUGCCUGGUCGGGCAGCACGCAAUUGGGGACCUGACUGCGUAGACGGAGACGUAUCCGAUGAGGAGCGUGAGAAGAACAGGCAGGAUCAGAACAUCGACAAUUUGAACAACAAAUUCCGCGACGAUGAGUACUACGCUAGCAAAGAAUACGACAUGGGCGAUAUACAGGUGCCGCUGCUCUCAGUAGCUAAUUGGGGUGGCAUUCUUCUACAUCUCCGUGGCAACAUUGAGGGUUAUCUCCAGGCAGGAUCUGAGUUUAAGUAUCUGCGCAUUAUCACCGGUCGCCACGAUCUACCUUUUUACUACACCGAAGAAGUUGAAGUCCAAAGAAGCUUCCUGGAUGCCUUCCUCAAGGACGAUGACCGAGUUGGAUGGAGCGUGAAAGGCAAGGUCCCGGCUGUGGACCUUGUUCUGCGCAAGGGUAACGUUGGCUUCGAUGAUGCACAAGCAGAGAAGGUCUACGAGCGUAGGAUGGAGUACGAAUGGCCAAUUGCCCGCACACGAUACACGAAGUUCUAUCUCACACCUGAUCACUCCCUGACACAAGUCCAACCCAUUGUCACUCGCGCACAGAAGCUGUCCUAUGAAGCUCUUGGCUCGCUCGAGAACCCCAAGUUGCUACAGUUCAUAACACCACCGUUCGAACAAGAGACUGAGAUCACCGGGCACAUUGUCGCACACCUCAACGUGUCGAUGUCACCUCAUGCUAGUGGUCCCACACCUUUAGAUAUCGACCUCUUCCUUACACUUCGCUACAUCUCUCCACACGGCGAGGAAGUUCACUACACUGGUACAGCGGGUGACCCCAUUCCCCUUGCUAAGGGCUGGCUACGCGUCAGCCUGCGUAAAACUAACCCGUCGCACCCACGGCACCGGGAAUGGCUCCCGCACCGCGACUACUUCAGCACAGAUGUGCUGCCUGUCAUACCCGGUGAUGUCUAUCCGGUAGAUGUCGAGAUUUGGCCGACGAAUGUUGUGGUAGAGAAGGGUGGUAAGCUCGUGUUUGAGGUGAGCAGUGGCGAUACCCAAGGCAGUGGCAUCUUCGCACACAAUCACCCGGAAGAUCGAAGCGAGAAGAAGUUUGCGGGAAUGAACCACGUUAGCUUUAGUGAGAGAUAUACCAACUGGGUCAGCUUGCCUAUUAUACCUCAGAGGUAA